AUGCUAGUCCCGAUCUCUGCUCUUGAAGUAACUAGCGGCACGCCUCGGAAAUGCAGUUUUGUGCAUGAGUCUGGCAUGAAGUUCAACACCACAUUCUGCGGUGACUGCGGCUCCAUGCUCGGCAAGGUAACAGAGGACGAGGCGUAUAAAGGCAUGUUCAUCCUGUCGGUAGGUCUACUAGAUGAAGAUAUUAGCAAAUUCAAGCCCGAUACAGAGCUGUGGGUUAAGUACCGGGCGAGUUGGAUUACGCCGAUUGAAGGCGCGGCGCAGGCGCAGACUUUCUCCUGA